AUGGAGGCCCAGCCAACCUCCCACGCAGCUCGCACCACCGACCAGGCCCGGCCCGACAGCUCCAUCGAAGAACCGACCGCCGCUUCAUCAGCCAACCUCACCUCACUCUGCCGCCUCUCCACUGUCCUGGCCGUCACCGCCAUCUCCCUCUGGGCCAACUACGAGGCAUCCAAAGGCUUCGACAUCACCGUCCUCGAAGCCCCCGGCGCCACCCUGGCCGCCCGCCACUACAACCUCAUGUUCGUCUCCAAUGGCGGCGCCGCUCGCGCAAUCCUCAACGCCAGCGCCUCCAUCGAACAAACACUCUACCCCGACACCAUACACUUCCCCUACAAGCCAAUCAACUCCGUCACUCUCCGCGUUUCCGACCACAAUCUCACCCGCGCCGUCAUCGUCACCACCGCCGCGGGUGGCGGCGGAGACUACGUUAUUCUUGUCAGCCCCAACGUGAUAGCAGAGAGAGAUGCGGAAAAAGCGGUGGUUGCGGCGGUGUACGAAGGGAUGGCGAGGGUGUGGGUAAGGGACGGGCGGGGGAUGGCGCCGGCGGCGGUGGUGGAUGCCGUGGUGGGGUAUAUCUGCGGCGCAGCGGGGUUUGGGAGGGAGGCGGAUUAUGCGAAUGAAGCGGCGGAGGGAUGUGAGGCAACGGCGGGAUUCGUGAGGUAUUGUGAGGAGAGGAGGCCGGGGUUUGUAGCGAGGUUAAAUAAGGCGAUGGAGGAGAAAUGGGAUGAUGGGUUUUGGGACAGUGCGUUGGGGAUUUCGGGUCGCGUAGUAUGCUCCGGGUUUCGGGCUACGUUGGGUUGGGUUCCGGAACGGGCUGUGAAUUCGACGGGAACGAUGAUCGAGUUGUUGCAGUCGGAUUGAAGAGAGGAAUCCUUAGUGUGAGUGAUGGGGGUUCAGCUGACAGCUAUAUGAUAAUAGAUUUCUGUGCGACGUUACAUUUUAUUGUGGAAAACAGAUACGGACCGUUGCUUUGUUGUAGAAAUAAGGGCAAGUGAUUUUAAGUUAGUAUUUGUGUUUUCUUUCCCUUUUUAGUCUUGUUCUAU